UUGGAGGAAGAAAAUGAAGAUGCCAUGUUUGUUUUUGUCUCCGAUCUGUGGCUGGACCAGGUGGAAGUACUUGAAAAACUUCAUAUGAUGUUUUCAGGUUAUUCUUCCAUACCGCCCACUUGUUUCAUCUUCUGUGGCAAUUUUUCCUCUGCUCCAUAUGGAAACAACCAAAUAAAGUCUCUAAAAGAAUCUCUGAAAACACUUGCAGAUAUUAUCUGUGAAUAUCCGAAUAUCCACAAAAAUAGCCGCUUUGUUUUUGUUCCUGGCCCUGAUGAUCCAGGUCCUGGUUCUAUCUUACCCAGACCUCCGCUAGCUGACUAUAUCACAGAAGAGUUCAGCAAGAGAAUUCUAUUUUCUGUAUUUACUACAAAUCCCUGCAGGAUUCAGUAUUGUACACAGGAAAUCAUCAUUUUUCGUGAAGAUUUGGUCAAUAAGAUGUGCAGAAAUUGUAUUCGCUUUCCUAGCAGCAAUUUGGAUAUUCCAAACCACUUUGUGAAGACCAUCAUAGCGCAAGGACAUCUAACACCGCUCCCACUGUUCGUUAGUCCAGUCUACUGGGCCUAUGAUUAUGCUCUUUCUGUAUACCCGCUACCCGACUUGAUUGUGUUCGCUGACAAAUAUGAUCCAUUCAACAUCAUCCAUACAGAUUGUAUCUGCAUCAAUCCUGGCUCAUUUCCUCGAAGUGGAUUCUGCUUCAAGGUGUACUACCCUUCAAAUAGAACUGUGGAGGACAGUAAACUUCAGAAUCUUUGAUUGUGAACUUUUAAAAGUUGGAAGAGACUGGACAUUGAAGACUUACAUUUGCACAUUAACGUCUUUUCCAUAUUCGAUAAUUCCUUGUUUAUUUGUACAUAUCUAUACAAGUAUUUUUUUUGUUUAUAGAUUAAACUUCAAAUGUGUGUCUGGUUUAGUUGCACCUUCAUUUUUGAUAACUAUCCACAUUUUUUUUUCAAAGAUUGAUGCCAAAUUAAAAUUUGUAAUUAUAUCCUUUUAUAAGAACUGUUCUUUUUAAAUCAAAGUUUAUCUUAUCAGAAUUUAUUAAACUUGUAUUUUACACAUUG